AUGGUGGCUCAGUUACAGAAUGAAAACAUAAGCAAGAUGAUCUAUCGAUUAAAGACGCGGUUGGCAUUAGCCAAUUUCAAAAGGCAAUAUGGAUAUGAAAGAUAUGAUUUAUACACUUUAGAAUCCAGUCUUUUAAAAUCUAAAAAGAAGCCUAUAAAAAAGACCAGACAUCGCUACUAUCCAACACACAAUCACCAUGGACACAAAUCGACCGUGCCGACAUCGUUCCAACACCAGCAGCAACAUCAUCAUCACAGGUCAUCGUUGUAUCCAAGGUACCCAUUAUCCGAAAAGCGUAGUACAUCACCACAGCAACACCACACAUCAAUUAUACCCACUGAUGAAGACGCAGCAAACGUAUUAGUCAUGCUACACAAUAUGUCUUAA